AUGGUAGUUAAUCGAUCAAUUGGCCCUGUAAACAAAAUCGUGAAGGGCACGCCAAUAGAGGGACUUCCAAGCUUGAUUCUCGGCGGAGCGACUCUCAACACUCAAUAUAAUGAUGAUCCAGAGUCCAUCCCCCUGACAGAAAUGAUACGGUAUGCCUUUGAGCGUGGAAUAAGAGCUAUAGAUACGUCGCCAUAUUACGGAGAAAGUGAGAGUUUGUAUGGUAGAGCAUUGGAACAUUUGAGAGCAGAAUACCCUAGAGACACCUAUUUUAUAUGUUCCAAAGUGGGCCGCAUAAGACUUGACGAAUUUGAUUACUCGAGAUCCAGCGUGAGAAAAAGUGUGCUUAGGUCUUGCGAACGAUUGAAAACUGACUAUAUCGACGUGAUAUUCCUGCACGACGUUGAAUUCGUGGACUCCAAGCAAAUUCUAGAAGCCUUGAAAGAGCUUCGUGCGCUCAAAAACGGUGGCAUCAUCCACAAUUUUGGUAUCAGCGGAUACCCUGUGAAAUUUCUGCUUUCCAUAGCCCUACAAAGUCUUAAAAUCGCCGAGAUUGGGCCUCUCGAUGCUGUACUUUCAUAUGCUAACUUGAACUUGCAAAACACGAUUUUGGAAGAUGAAUUUGAGCAUUUUAAGAAUGAAGCGCGGGUCAAAGUAGUUGAAAAUGGGUCCAUCUUGAGCAUGUCUCUUCUGCGUGCUCAAAAAACGCUGCAAUUUCAUCCUUGUUCUACAGAGCUGCGUGAACGUGCUGAAAAAGCAGCUCAAUAUGCAGCAGCUCAGGGUAAAGAUUUGGCAACUUUGGCAACGAAAUACGCUCUCAGUAGAUGGGUUGACCGGGGACCGACAGUUCUAGGAGUGAGCAGCGUCAGCGAGCUUGAAAUAGCUCUACAAAGUUAUUGGGAUGUGAUCGACCGGGUGGGCCAUGAUCUCAGUGCAAGCGAUUCUGAAGACGUUGCACACAUCCAGGGGACCAUUCUUGGUGAGCAUUUGAAUGAGACGUGGAAAUCUGGAAUUGAGCACUGA